GUCUCUCUCUACCGGAUGUUGACAUUCCGGUCAGUAAUGGCGGAGGUCAGUGGGAAAGUGGGAGCCGGUGUAUACAAACUUUGUCCUUUUAAAACAAACUGUGCCUUUUUAAUAACCAGUCGUCCUCAUGUUGGCGUUUCUGGGGCAUGUUUUAGUCUGAGGAUACUCGAGAAAAAUAAUGAGGAAGCUCAUCACACCGGAAAGCAGAUCCUCAGGACUUACAGCACUCUCCUCCUGCGGUGUCCUGCAGCUCUGAUCAUCAGCCGGUCUCACAGCUCCAGCAAAAACUCUUCACUUCACACGAGUAAAUCGGCGUAUUACGACAUUCUGCGGGUAUCCCCGAACGCCACGCAGGCGCAGAUCAAGACGGCGUACUACCGCCAGAGCUUCCGCUACCAUCCGGACCGGAACGCGGGCAGCGAUGAAGCCGUGCGCCGGUUCUCCGAGAUCAGUGAAGCCUACAUGGUGCUGGGGAGCGUCAGCCUCAGGAGGAAGUAUGAUCGCGGUGUUCUGAGCUUGGCGGACGUCCAAAGCGCCGGGAGACCCUCUCGUAAAGACACGGCACAUCGUCCGAGCCCGGAUCAUCAUCAUCAUCAUCCUCAUCCUCAUCAGCGGCGCUCCGGGACUGUCCCAGGCGCAGGAGGAAAGCCCAUGUUCGACUUCGACGCUUUUUAUCGAGCGCAUUACGGCGAGCAGCUGGAGAGAGAGCAGAUCCUGCGCCGGUGGAGAGAGCAGAGAAAACAGGCACAGCAAGAGGAUGUCCGGAAAUGGAAACUGGAAAAAGGGACUGAGAUGGCUGUUGGUGCACUGCUAGCUUUAGGGGUUGUCCUUCUGUUCAGUCUGAAAUCAUAAUACUUUCCAUUCAUUCACAUUCUUAUACCUGUGGGGUGACCCACUCUUAGAAAAAAAGAGUCAUCCUUAAGUUACAUGAUUAAACUUUAAAGGUGCAAUAUAUAUAUAUUUCCUACUUGUACUUGUGGCCUUAACACAAGUGGAUUAAAGGUACAUCAGCUAAGAUUACUUUUAAGUUUAUCAGCUAAUCUUCCAAGACACUAGUCGCAGUACGCUGUGGGGGCAGGGAGGCGCCUCACACCUUCAGGGUUGGGGGUUUGAAUCCCGUCUCCAGCCUGUGCACACGGGGUUUACAUGUUCUCCCUGUGCUUCUUAGGUUUCCUCCGGGUACUCCGGUUUCCUCCCCCAGUCCAAAGACAUGUUGAAGGCUUGAUUGGCAUCUCUAAAUUGUCCGUAGUGUGUGAAUGGGUGUCCCCUGCCCCGAGUUCCCUGGGAUAGUCUCCAGGCUCCUCAGCAACCCUGUGGAUAAGCAGUAGGGAAAAUGGCUGGAUGGAUAGAUUGAUAGAUGGGCUGUUAGAGACCUGUCCAUGUUCACGAAGCACCGCCCUUAGAGUGGUCCUUAGAGUGUCUAUACAAUGAUUGACAGGAGGCACAUCCUAACCCAAACAAGCAAUCCAGACCAGAAUUCAGUUUUCCAAACUGGUUUUCUCACCGACUUGAUAAACUUUUGCUAAAGCUACAGCUUAAUGAGUUUUUUUUUAUGUUUUCCAGUGUUAUUUGUACAAGCAAGGAAUGAAAAAAAUCGACUAUUGCACCCUUUAAGUGGCUGAGAAAUCCUGUUUGGAAAACUGACUUCUGGUCCGAAAUGCAUUUUAUCUAUUAAUGUGCAAAUGAUACAGACACUCUACUCUACAGGCCACUGCAGAUCCGGGGGCAGAGCUUCGUGAACAUGGUGGGAAUAGGGGCAUGGGCUCAAGGAGUUAAAAAAAAAUCAUUCAAAUGUCAAAUUCACAUACAUAACUGUUAGAGACUGUAUCUUGAAACAAAAAUCAUACAUAAUGCAUCUUUAAGGACCAUUCUUGUACCUUAGAUUUUAGAUUUUAGUGUUAGGAAGAACAGGAAACCAACUCUGGUCCUGGAGUACCCCCCCCCCCCCCCCCCCAUGUCCUCACAUUUUACUGUUUUCCCUGCUCUUCAAUUCAAGAAUUCACCUGAUAAUCAGCUGAUUAGCUGAAUCAAGUGUGUUGGGAGCAGAGAAAACAUUAAAAUGUUCAGGACAGGGGGUACUCUCUGAGGAAAAGGAUUGGGAACCUGUGCUUUACACUACAUGUACCUCUCCAGGUAAAAGAUGCAUACUAAAGUCACAUAAAAAAAUUCUAAUAAACUUAGAGCUCAAUUUAAUAAUUUAAUAAUAAUAACAAAUAAUAAACAGCUCAAUCCUGUCAUCUUGUCACGCAGAGAAAGAUGAAACUGGAAAUGUUUCACACAACUUGUUUUUUUUUCUUUAAAUUAUAAAUUAUUUUAACAUAUAAAGUUUUCUUUGGUUUGGGAAAUUGUAUAUGAUUGCUAAGGUGCAUGUGUUUGCCAAAUUGUCCUUCAAUUUCAGCUGAUUCAAUUGUUUUAGAAACUUCAGGAUCUGACUAUACUCAUGUUUCAAACAGUUUUGCGGUUUGGUCCUUGAACGCAGCCAAACGUUUAUUCUGUUUAAGCUGUGCAGUUUCCCUGGAUCAAGUGGAUCAUCUGCUUUAAAAUGCAUCAGGUGCUGAUGUUAUAUUUAUUUUGUCUCUGGAAUUUUAGCUACUGUUUAACAGACUGAUUUGAAUAUCCUGUCUAACUAAAGCUGUUCAUAACUGCAUCAUUUGCACAUUAAUAGAUUUAUUAGAGUAAUCAGCUCUAAUAGUUAUUUUAUGAUACACCAUGUGUAACCUCAUGACCUUUACAGCAAGAAUACCUCAGGAUGAUGAAUAAAAGCUAUAGUGGCGUAAAAUAAGUAUAAUGUAAUAAAGUGUGUGAUUACCGUGUAUGAUACGAUAAUCACAUACUUUAUUACAUUAUACAUAUACAGUUAGCGAACUAACUAAAGGUGCGUUUGGGGUCAGUGCUAAUUCCCUAGUGGGUAAUUGUUUUUUAUUUCUCUAAGCUAACGUUUUAGGCAGUAGUAUGCUUAAAUCUUAGCAUUUGUUAGUGAUAUACCAUAGAAGGUAUGCUCCUAUGGUGAGGUCUUUGAGAUCAAGUCAAGUCAUGUGGCUUUUUAUUGUCACUCCUCUAUAUAACUUGUAUACAUUUGAACGAAAUGUCGUUUCUCCAAGAGCAUGGUGCAACACCUAAUAGUGCACAAGACUACAUAAAGUGCAAAUACACAACAGUGUGAGAUGUGGACAAGACAAUAAAUACACAGAACAGAGCAAUAAAUACAGUUGUGGUCCUAAGUUUAUAUACACCUUGCAUAGUCUGCAAAAUGUUAAUAAUUAAAAUAAAAUGAGUGAUCAUAAAAAUUACAUUUUGUGUUUUAUUUAGUACUACCCUGUACAAGCUAUUUCACACAACAGAUGUUUAAAUAUAGUCCACAAGACAAAAUUAUAACUGAAUUUACACAAAUGAACCAGUUCAAAAGUUUACAUAUGCUUUAUUUUUAAUACUGUGUGUUACCUGGAUGAUUAACGACCGUUUUUAUGUUUUGUGAUAGCUGUUCAUGAGUCCCUUCUUUGUCCUGAGCAGUUAAACUGCUCACUGUUCUUCAGAAAACUCCUCCUCCUGCACAUUCUUUGCUUUUCCAGCAUCUUCUGCAUAUUUGACCCCUUUCCAACAGCAGAUAUAUGGUGUUGAGAUCCAUCUUUUCACACUUAGGACAACUGAGGGACUCGUACACAACUAUUACAAAAGGUGCAAACAUUCACUGAUGACACGUCGUAAUUUUUAUCCAUUUAUAGUUACAUUUAAUGGUGUGAAACAUCCAUGAAGUAAGUUUUUUAUAACAGUUUUUAAUCUGUUUAUUAUUAGUCUUAGGUUUAUUAGUAACUGGGCAAAAAGUAAAAAAAAAAUAAAUUAAGUCAUGACUGUUGAGAUUUGUAACAAGUACAGUGUGAUAAUAAAAUGCGCAAUGUUUCUCAUAGACGUUCUCAAAAGAGUUGUUCUUAAGCCCGACACCUUUUAUUUUGGACUUCUGUAAUUAAUCAAAUGCUCACUAGAUGGCGUCAUGCUGGCAUAAGAUGAAGGGAAUGGAGGACGACACUAAUGUCUUCAGAGCAUCUGCUGAGAAAGAUACAGCAUAAGUUUCCUAAAAUACUGUUUUAGGAAUUAGGUGUUAGUUAUGAACACCAUCAUUUCACUCCAUAGCCAGUUUGGGUACAAAGACAGAAGUGUUGCGUGUUAUUUUAAACCAACAAGAAAGCAUUGUUUCUUUCACAUUGUACAUUAUGAAAGAUAUACCGCUGUUCAAUUUUCUAUAACAGCAGCUCUGACAGUAGUCCCGGCUACAGAUCACACGUUUAUAUUAACAUACUCGUUCUAAUACGUUACAUUUCCUAAUUAAAAAACGUGUAAUCACUGAUAUGAUGAAGUUGUCUGUAAAGAGAUGUUUAUUUAUCAUUUAUGGAAGGAGUCUCCAGUAUCAGCACUUUGUAACAGUCAGAGGCAAAGCUCUACCUUUAAGUUUAAGUUCCAACAGAGAAAAGUCUUCAGCUCGGGUUUCAUCGUAACACAACAAGCUGCAUUUUCUGUCUUAUUGAAGUUGGUAAGGGAACAACUGUUUAUAGCUGCUAUAAUGUAAGUGAUAACAGGAACUUACUUGUUUCGCAGACACUCCACAACAAAGAUGUUAAAUGUAACUAUAAAUGGAUAAAAAAACAUGCUGUUAUAGGAAAAUCAGCUUCAGGGUGGUAACAGUUACAGCACAUCACCCCACCCC